AUGCAGCUUGAGCCAGCGGGGAAGAAUCAGGCUAAGGCAGUAACAUCGGUGUGGUGGGACAUCACAAAUUGUCCUCUUCCACAUGACGUUGAAGCUGGUCGGGUCGGUCCGUUUAUAAGAAUGGAGUUGAAGAGAUUAGGGUUCUCUGGUCCAACCACCAUCUAUGCCUUUGGCAUACUCUCACAAGUCCCUCCUCACGUCCUGCGAGCCCUCUCUUCCACUGGGAUCAACCUCCGUCACAUCCCCACAACAAGGACCACACACAUGUGGUUUUAUUUACACACGUGGGAUGGGAGGAAUCCAUCCUCCAAUAUAAUGCUCAUAUCACUUGAUCGUUUAUACGGUAGAUUACUUGAAGAUCUAUCGAAGCGUCACUACAUUCUUGGCUCAGGACAUCCACCUGAUGAUGAUACACCUGAUGAACUCUCCUUCGUCUUCCCAAGCUCCCUCUUCCCAAAACUCCAUCUUCCCAAAGUCUCGAGGCUGCUUCCUCUGGGAUAG